AUGGACCAGCUGCUCGAAGGGCUCAAAGCGGUAACAAUAGUCCCGGUCACCAAGAUAGUAGGAUGGAGCGUCGAGGCCGUUUACGCCUUGCUGGACGAUGUCCGGCUUGAGCUGCUGAAGAAGAGUGUUCACUUACUACAUGACUUUACUUCAUUACGGACAGCCAUGUAG